AAAGGAGAAUUCAAUAAAACUCUGGCUGUGCCGGUUCCUAUUCCUCGCUGUGGUAUGUAUGUUGUCCUGUAAGACUGGCAAUAAUUGGAAUCCUCCAUACCUAAAUAAAGAGUGGACCAUGGAAACGGUUUUUCUGGAACAAAGACUCCUGCGUCCGCCUGCGCCAAUGAUAAUAGAUGGAUACUCAAUCUCGGGCGAAUCUUGACUUGUUCCAAUUUUCUCCAAUUUUUCCCAAUUUUUUUCUCUCAGACCUUACUUGUCUAUGGGCGCGGCUGGUAUCCACCCUGGGGGGAGGCGAGUCGCGGAGAGUCCGCCAGGGGAAAUACAAUGAAGGAGUUAUUAGGUUUGGAGAUAAAAAUAUUUCUUAUCGCAGGAUUUUUCUCCUCUUCUUUUCCCUUGCUUUCUUCCUUGGUUUUGUGUUAGCAAUCUUGCUACUACUCACUAUCCUACCAACUUCAACUUCAUUUGAACAUCCAUCAUGGCUCCUCGCCGGAUGUCCGUCACACAGACGGAGCCUCGAGCCAGGCGCCUGACUCUGACUGGAGAACCCGAGAAGAAAGAAAAAGAGGUGCCUACGCUGAAAGCACUCAAGGAUGCGAUCCCCGCGGACUGCUUCGAGUCGUCGGUGGUGACCUCGAUGGCGUACUGGGUGCGGGACAUGAUAUACAUGGCGGUGCUGGCGUACGCGGCGUUUCAAAUCCAUCUGCUGCCGUCCGUCUGGCUGCGCGGCGCGGCGUGGAUGGCGUAUGGCUUCCUGCAGGGCUGCGUGGGCACCGGCUUGUGGAUUCUGGCGCACGAGUGCGGCCACGGGGCCUUCUCGCCCUACACGGGCUUCAACGACUUCAUGGGCUGGCUGACGCACUCCUUCCUGAUGGUCCCCUACUUCUCGUGGAAGUACACCCACGCCCGCCACCACCGCUACACGGGCCACAUGGAGCGCGACACGGUGUUUGUGCCCUGGACGGAGCAGGAGCUGGCCACCAAGAUGCGCGUCAGCAUCAAGCAGCUGGCCCAUCUGGCCGAGGAGACCCCCCUGGUCUCCUUUGUGCAGCUGAUCGGCCACCAGCUCGUCGGCUGGCAGCUGUAUCUGUUCUUGAACGUCACCGCCGGCAUGCGCAGCGGUCCCGAGGGCACCACCGUCAAACGCAACGCUCGUUACAGUCACUUCGACCCGACCAGCGCCAUGUGGAGUGGCUCCCAGCGUCGUGGUAUCUUCUACUCCGACAUUGGCCUGCUGCUCAUGGCCUCCUUGCUCUACUAUGCCGGUCAACAGAUCGGUAGCUGGAAUGUCGUCUUGCUUUAUGUUGUCCCCUACUUUUGGGUCCACCACUGGCUCAUUGCCAUCACCUACCUCCAGCACAACCACCCCGAAGUCCCGCACUACACGGCCGAAUCCUGGACGUACACCAAGGGUUCCCUGGCGACGAUUGACCGCACGACUGGCUUCAUCGGCCGCCACUUCUUCCACGAGAUCAUCGACUACCACGUCGUCCACCAUCUGUUCAGUCGCAUUCCCUUCUACCACGCCGAACGGGCCACGCGCGCCAUCCAGCCGCUGCUGGGCGAACACUACCACGAGAGCAAGGAGGAGAGUUUCCUGGGUUCGCUCGUGCGCACCUUUCGCCGCUGCAUCUAUGUCGCGGAUCGCCAGCAAAACGGCGUCUUGCACUGGGUGUUUAAGGAUGCUGCAGUAGCAGAGUAGUCUUUUUUUCUUUCUUUCUUUUUUCAUGUGUAAACUCUUCUGCAUUUUUUGAUACAUGAACUUUUGAUACAUGAACGCUUUUAUGGAUUUUCCUUCUAAUGCACGAGCCAUUGGAUGGUUAAAAGUCAGCAGAUAGAAUAGAUCAGCAGAUAGAAUAUACUUAUUGUCACCAGAAUAGAUCAUCUGGUC